ACACCGUUAUUCACACUUAUCGUCGUCUCACUCAGAAUCUUUUCAGAGAUUGUAUCUCGUUUCACUGCUGCCGGUCAACGGUUUCUCAAUUGUACACGAGAAUUUGUUUUUCAUUUUCAGAAGAGUCGACCCACAUGUGACGUCAUCUACUCUUCAGCAGUCGAAUCGCACGCCAAUUGCUAUUUGGAGUGUGAUUUUUGCAAAAUUUGCAAAACCGAAAAAAUGGCGUUGUUCAGCAGCUACGACCUUAUGGAUUUCCUUUCGAUCAAAUCAGUCAAGACCAUCUUUAGGGUGUUGAAGAAAUGUGGCCUUGUGACGUGUCUGAACGUUUUUUGA